CCCUGCUGGACACUAGAGAGAAUGCAGCUUUAACACACUUCCUUAUUGGCUUCAACUUUCAGAACCAGAGGUUGCUUCCUGGUUUGGAGUCUCGAGAUUUCUGCCUCCACCCCAAUACAGUAGAGGUCAAUUGAAUAUAGUUUGUGUCGUUCCCACAGUUGAAAGAUGAUCUUUUAAAACAAGACAGAAAGCUUCAUAAAUAAUGCGCAGUGUCCUUUAGAGUUAUCACGUCUGUGGAAUGAAGUCUUAUGCAGCGCUUUCAUGUUGCUUAUUGGUUUUAAAUAUACAUCUGCUCUGCAGCUUUCAGUUGUUGCGUUUGCUUUUUGCUGUUUGCACCGAAUACAGGAAGGUCUCAUUUUACUGUUUGACAUUGUCAAGAAUAAGAAAGAUGUAAUGCCACGCAGUGAAAGUAACCGUCGGUUUGAGAUCACAGCGUGAAUGUAGUCGAUUCCAUUUCGCAUGAACUCCGUGUGUGUGUGUACUUGGUGUCUCCAGGUGUCCAAGAGGCUGACUCCCAGGGUAAGAGUUGUAGUCUCAUCAGCUUGUCUUCUGUUACAUACUGUACAUUUCACAGACGCACGUACACAGGUCUGUGUGCUAAUUAGCCAAAAGCCUAGCUUAGCUUCAGGCUAAAGCUACUGCUAACGGUUGCAAGUGUUUACUUUUUUCAGACAGGAAUAAUGAAACGGCAGCUGAUAAAUCUGUGUGCUUCACUCCACUGAUGCAAAGAUCAUAUUAAGUGUAAUAAGCUUUGAGAGUGCACAUUGUGUUUCAUGUAGCCAACAGGAUGCGGUGUCACUGAUGUCUGAGGUCAGAGUUGCUUCCUGCAUCAGACCCACUGCACACUUCAUCUCCACCAGAUCCAGCUCAGUCUGCCUUCUUCUUCUUCAUUCUCUGUACCUUUCUUCACACUUUUUAUUUGUUUAUUCGUAACACCACAAUGAAUCCUAUCAGAGCUCACACGCUCAGGGUGAAUCUGACACCAGUGGAGGGCAGCUCUAAUAACAUUCAUCAGUGUGUCACUGUUAAAUGUGACCGUCCUCUCAACAACUGUUGGAUGGAUUGUCAUGAAUUGUCAUGUUUGAUUCAGACAUUAAUGUCCCACUCAGGAUGAAUUUGAAUAACAUUUUUUCCAUUUCUGUUCUGCAAUGUUUUUACUUAUAUAGUAUAUAAUACAUACUAUCUAAUUGGUAUUCAUAGUGAUGUGUUUACAAGCCUGGGAAAUGAAUUGAGAGACAGUUUAUGGCUAAAAAUAACCAGAUGGUCUCCGGUGAAUUUGACAGACCACGGUACUUCAUCACAGUGAUGGAUAUGAAAAUCCAAUCAUUAAUGAUCAGGACUGAUUUCUGAUCAUGCGAGUGUGGAGCAUCAGCAGAAGAAACAAUGGGGUGGACGUGGCUGUUGAAACAGUUUGAAAAGUCAGCAGCCAUACAGUCUGAGUCUGACUGUGAUGUAGCCUCUGGGGACAUCGGUCUAUACUUCUUGGGUUGCGGUGUAGCCAGCGGAUAUCCGGACCAAGACUUCCUUUUACGUGUGCCGGUUAUUAUUUACAACUUGAGACUGGACCUGGAGUUGAGUGACAGCGUGUCCAACCAGUUUGUUUCACAGAGGGCCGGUUCAGCUGAGCUAAUUGAAAGCUAAAGCAGUGUCAGGCGAUGGCCGGCGGGUUCCCAGACUGCAUUUCAGCCUGCAUUGAAACAAAGCCUGCUCCAACGUGAUUGGUUAAUAUUUCUCAGUGAGAAACCAGAAUGCGUCCGAUCUUGCCCCGUUGCCCACAGGACAGAUUAGCCUCGGUCACACUCUUAUGGACAUCAGCCAGCUUCCAGUGGAAUCCAUCAUUGUGUGGACACGGAAUAAUGUGUAUUGUUGGUGUGUGGGCUCUGACCUCCACACACCCAGCUCAGCCCAGCAGAGAGGGGUGUGACGGUAAUAACGGUGUCCUACAGAAUAAUGUCUCUUCACUGUAUGAUGUCUCCCUGUCUCUCACUCUCUCUAUGCUGCUCUCCCCGGCAGCAAGACUCACAAGAUGAAGGGCUUUAUUACCAUGGAGAUAGUGAUUCUGAGCAUCCUUCCAAUGCUUUGAACCUUCCAGUUUUGAGAUACGGGGCGCCGGUCACAAUGUUCCAGGACCAGGUUCCUCUGCUACCGGGAGAGAGCGUCCAGACUACAGUUAAGGAUGUGAUGUACAUCUGUCCGUUCAGUGGUCUGGUUAAUGGAACCCUGACCAUCACAGACUACAAGCUCUACUUCACCAGCGUGGAACGGGAGUCUCCGUUCGUUCUCGACGUGAACCUGGGAGUCAUCAGCAGACUGGAGACCAUCAGUGUUCCCAACCAGGGAGAGAAUACCAAGGGACUGGAGCUGGUCUGCAAGGACAUGAGGAGUCCUAGGUUCGCCUACAAGACGGAGGAAAGCCAUCCGGACGUGGUGGAGCUGCUGUCCAAACAUGCCUUCCCCCUCUCCCACAGCCUGCCCCUGUUCUCCUUCCUGUACCAGGAGCAGUUCCCCGUGGAUGGCUGGAAGGUGUACGACCCAGCAGCAGAGUACAGACGUCUGGGCCUCCCUAACGAGAGCUGGGCCAUCAGUAAGAUGAACAGCAGCUACGAGCUGUGUGACACCUAUCCCUCCAUCCUGGUGGUCCCUACCCACAUCACAGAGGAGGACGUCAGACGGGUGGCAGUGUUCAGAGCCAAGCACCGCAUACCGGUCCUGUCCUGGAUCCACCCAGAGACUCAGGCCACCAUCGUACGCUGCAGCCAGCCGCUCGUCGGACCAUCGGACCGCCGCUGCAAAGAGGACGAGCGCUUCCUCCAAAUCAUCAUGGAUGCCAACGCCCAGUCCCACAAGCUCACCAUCUUUGACGCCCGACAGAGCAGCGUGGCGGUGACCAACAAGGCGAAGGACGGAGGGUACGAGAGUGAGAGCUUCUACCCAAACGUGGAGCUCAACUUCCUGGAAAUCCCCAACAUCCACGUGAUGAGGGAGUCUCUGAGGAAGAUGAAGGACGUGGUUUACCCCACCAUCGAUGAAGCCCACUGGCACUCCGCUAUCGACCAGACGCACUGGCUGGAGUACAUACGGCUGUUAUUAGCGGGAGCAGCAAAGAUAGCAGACAAGCUGGAAUCGGGGAAGACGUCGGUGGUGGUGCACUGCAGCGACGGCUGGGACCGGACCGCUCAGCUCACCUCUCUGGCCAUGCUGAUGCUGGACAGCCACUACCGCAACCUCCGAGGGUUCCAGGUUCUGGUGGAGAAGGAGUGGGUCAGCUUUGGACACAAGUUUGCCGCCCGCGUCGGUCACGGCGACGAGAACCAUGCCAACUCGGAGCGCUCACCUCUCUUCGUCCAGUUCAUCGACUGCGUCUGGCAGAUGACUCGACAGUUCCCAGCAGCCUUUGAGUUCAACGAGCUGUUCCUGAUCACCGUGCUGGACCACCUCUACAGCUGUCUAUUCGGUACAUUCCUGUACAGCAGCGAACAGGAGAGGGCGGCUAAGGUACGUACCCUUCUUCUUCUUGUGUGUGGUGGGGGGGGUGCUGUCUGAUGGAGCCGUGUCACAUUCAGCU